CGGUCGGCAGACGUCUGAUGACUAAUAAAGGCCUUGAUGCUGCCACCUGGCAAUAUCCAAUGUUCCAGAUGAACCAACCUUGAAACACUUACCCCUCAUAGACGCAAAUUCAAACUUUCCUCGCAAAGACAAGUACCUAGUGUAUUUUCGACGGCGAACUAUAUAUUGUCAUGGGGUCUUUUGAGGACAAAAUUGAUGGCGCUGUGCGAAACAGCGACAUCCCAGGCGUCAUGCUAUAUGCGCAGGAUACAUCUGGCAACUUUCAAUAUUCACACAUUUUCGGCCACGACUUGAAUACCAAGAAGCCUCUCACAGCCGACAACAUCCUCACACUAGCAUCCGUCACGAAGCUUUUCACAACCAUUGCCGCUCUGCAACUGGUAGAACGCGGCAUCCUUUCCCUUGAUCAAGAUAUAUCUAAGCACGUCCCAGCGUUGGCGGACAAGCCCGUGUUGACGGGUUUCACGGAGUCCGGGUCCCCCAUUGAAGUCCCACGCAAGAAUCCAAUCACCCUCCGCCAUCUCCUGACCCACAGCGCUGGAAAUAGUUACGACUUUCUCAGUGAUACGACGCGGGAGUGGCAAUCUUUUCACAAGAUCAAACCUGUUCGCGGGUCCACUGUUGAAGAGCGCUUCUGUUACCCGUUGGACUACGAACCAGGAGAGGGCUGGGCCUACAGCUCCAGCUUAGACUGGACAGGCAAACUCAUCGAGAAUGUGACUGGAAAAUCUCUGGAACAGUACAUGCGCGAAAACAUUUGGGAUCCAAUCGGUGCCAUUAGCUUCACCUUUGACAUUGAGACUAUAAGGCCCAAAUUAUGGGGGAUGAAUACCCGCGACAAAAACACGGGAAAGAUCAUCCUUCACCGCGGUCGAAGCUUAAACCACGGGGUCACAGACUGUUUAGGGGGGCAGGGGUCGUAUGGUUCGGCCUCAGACGUUAUGCGGGUGUUACAGUCUCUUUUGGUUGAUGAUGGAAGGCUACUGAGACCGAGUACGACUGCAGAAAUGUUCAAACCUCAGCUUUCUGCGGAGGCAAAGAAGGGCCUCUUAGCAGCAAUGGAGGAGCCUGAGUGGGCUGUUGGUCAUUUCCCUGCUACUCGUGAGUAUGAUUGGGGUCUUGGGGGACUGCUUGUUGACGGGCAUAAUCACCCGAACCGGCAGAACGGGACGCUGAUGUGGAGCGGGGCCUCUAACGUUUUCUGGUGGGUUGACAGGCAAACUGGGUUGUGUGGCUUCUUUGCAACUCAAAUGCUGCCAUCAGCGGAGGAGGGAGUACGGCCAUACAUCAAAGCAUUCGAGGACGAGAUGUAUGCAAGAGUCAAAGGACCCAAACCACGUGCUGUUCUCUGAUGAAACAAAUGUUUUUGAAUCAGACACAGCAUUCUGCAGUGAUGAAAUAUGUUGCUAUAGAGCUGUAAGACGUCAGUGGUUGUAGUUUAACUGAAGAUGCAUCUACUGUCGACUGAUUGAUGCGGCUAGGAAAUUCCACCUGCUAGAAGUGGAAAACAGCGUAUUGUCCACAUGAAAUUAAUCAACAUCUCGCAAGAGGCG